GGAGUGUACUAUUGGUCAUGAUCACACCUACAUUUUCAGUUUCACAAGAGGAUGACUUUGUCAGCAUCGUCAUUAAGGCGCCUCACAUUAAGACCCAAAAUGUAGAUUUUGAAGUGGAAGGAGCAGUCUUCAAGUUCAAUGUGAAGCCCUAUUUUUUAAGACUGACUUUUCCAGGAAAUAUUGUGGAUGAUGAACGCGCCAAGGCCACCUAUAAUGUUGGGGUGGGCGAAAUGACAGUCAUUUUACCAAAAGAGACCCCUGGAGAACAUUUUCCAGAUCUGGACAUGUUGACCAAACUGCUAGUACGUCAGAGUGACCUUAAGGAUAAACAGAUCAAAAAGCCGUUGAUUGAAGUCAUUGGCAGCAGUUCUGGAGGCGACAGCAACAGCGUAGCUACUCUGGAGGGCACGGAAAAAGUGAAUAGGGAUGAAGAAAUUGAUUGGGAAUUGCCACAGGAAAUCAAGCAGGAGAUCUUCUCAGAAGUCCGAUAUGGAUUCAAUAAUAGAUACAAUGGAUUCUUUACACAUGUUCAGGAAACUGCGAAUGAUGUACUGGAUGUAUAUGAUCCUGAGCAUACGACAUUAGAAACGAGAAGACAAAACAGAAUUCAACGUGAGAACGAAAAAUUCGAUGAUGAGUAUUAUAUGAGCGAAUUCAUGAAUGAAGAAGAGAUUCAGCAUAUUAUGAGGUAUAAAACACAGUGGUGGAGCGAACUUCGAGCUUUGCAGAAGAGUCAAAAAGAUUCAAACAGCCAGAAAAACCGGUCUGAUAUAACUGCAGCAUCAACAACCAAAAGCAAUAGCAACAGAGGAAAUGAAACACAGAAGGCAUCAGUUAAUAAUGCAGGCUGUACUUUCAAAUCAACAUUAUCCAAUAAUUUGAGUCAACUCUCUUCAACGCCAUCCAUUUUAAAUAUUGUCAAAGAUGAGCCAGGACAGAAUAAAUCUUCAGCAACAGCAACAACAUCCCUAGACGAUUUUGGAAUAAGAGAAGCUAGUAGUAGGAAAACAACGACGAAAGAGGUUAAAAGUCUCUUGAAGCCAACAAUAUCCACUACCACCACCGCCACCACUUCUAUUGCUACCGCUUCUGGUAACAGCGGCUUGACCCUAGAUUUGAAGGAACCAUCUACACCUACAUCUACACUUUUGCCAAACACUAAUACAUUGACUCCAAUGGUGGAACCUCUAAUCGAUGAGAGUCGGGACGAACCCGUAAAAUAUUUGGGAUCUCACUCUAUCAUCAUUGUGGACCCUUCUAGACCAUCUACAAACAGUGAGCUAGAAGGAGAGAUGGCUGAUCUAAAACUUGAUGGUGAUGGUCAAUCUGGAUUGGAUACUAAGCCUUUUACGAAUAAAGAGCAGGAACUUAUGAGAGAUUUACCCCGCAGAGAAUAUAUCCUUGAAAAUACUAAAUCAACAUAUCUUAGCCUGAUUGAUAUCCUCUUCGCUUACAGCUACGACCUCCGUGUAUCAGAAGGAGAUACCACUGUUGAGACGCCUUGGACAAUAUGUAAAUUAUCUCCCUCUAUGGCUGCAUUAGAUCAGUUCACGACACUCAAAGAAACCAUCGUGGCAUGCAUUCGACGUUCAUUGGCUUAUCCAUUGAUCCGAAACUGGAGUCUAGCUAUGAAGGUCUUACAAGAUGUCUACGUCAUCUUGAAAUUGGGCCGACGAGGAUGUCUAAGGGCUCUCUUACAGAUCAAGAAUAUUCUGGAUCAUGAUGAUGUAUACUACAUUUAUAGCAAAAUGUUCAUUGAAGACUACUGUGUGUGGAUCCAGAGUGGAGCCAGCGAGAACGUGAUCCGGACCUUAGCACAUGAAAUACAUCAUUUUGAUGUGAAAAAGGAGGAGAUCGGGUGGCAUCUCGAGGAAUUGGAAGCUUUAGCCAAGGAGGCGCCUGAAGAAGAAGAAGAGGAAACAGAAGAGGAAGACUCUGAUGACACAUCAGCUGAAGGCGACGACGAUGAUGAUGAAGAGGAAGAUAGUGACGACGACGACUCUUCAUCAUCCUCAGAUCAGGACAGUCAAACAGACGAUAAGAGCCGAAGCAAAGACAACAACUUCGCUGCGGAAGAAGAAAGUAUAUUUAUACACGAAGGCCCCAAACCCAUGAUUGUCGAGC